AAUAUGAUUACAAAAAAAAUUUUGUUCCUUCUUUCAUGUAACUUUUAAAUCGUUUUCAAUAAAAUGGAUAAACAAAAGCGUGAACGAAGUUCUAAUUUCACUCAAGAAGAAACAGACCUCCUGAUAUCGUUAGUAGAGGCGAGAAAACAUAUUAUCGAAAAUAAAAAAAGUGAUGCUUCUACUUGGCAAGAGAAAAAGGAAGCAUGGAAGGAUAUCGAAAGGGUCUUCAAUGGUUCCGUGUUUCGGGACCAUAAACAUCUUAAGCUUAAGUACGAGGCUAUUAAGAGGGAUACUAGGAAGCGCUUCAGAAUUAGUGACGGCAUGACCAUACCUUCACGGCUUACUCCUGCGGAAGAAAGAGUUAAAAGGAUUAUUCUUCCCUCUGUUGAUGGAAAUGAAAGCCAGUUUGAUUCAGAUUUUAGUAUGCCCAAUAAUAAAAAACCAAAAGAAGAAAAUUCAUUUCUUGAAAUUGAGUUGGAAGAUGAAAACCUUGACAUGGCGAAGAUUCAGAAAGAAAUCAUUACAGAGGCGUUGGUACAAAAAAUUAUUCAGAGAAAGCUUCUAGAAAAAGAGUUAGAACAUAAAAAGGCCAUGUAUGAAUUAGAAAAGCAGCACCUUCUUCUGAAAAUAGAACUAUUAAAAAAGGAGAUACAGGACACAUAACAAUGUUAGGUUAUAGAUUUGUAUUUGGUAUAGUCAUCAUCAUCAGCCCAUACAUGUUCCCACUGUUGGGACACAGACCUCCUAUGAGUUCAGGCCAUAAUCCACCACGCUGGCCAAGUGCAGGUUGGCAGAUGUCACAUGUCGUCACACUUUUUGUUUCUUAGUCAUGCCAGUUUCUUCACAAUGUUUUCCUUCACCGUUUUAAGCAGUAGUUAGCAUGGUUGGUUGGAUGUAACACAUGUGCAGAUAAAUUGAAAAAUCUAUUUAUUUCCUGCAAGCUCGCCCGGUCUUAAACCCUGACUUAUUGAUUUUGAAGUCCGAGGUUGUCACCACUGAGCCAUCACUGCUUAUGCUAUUUGGUAUAGUGCAUUACUUAUAUAACGGACAUGUUAACUGUACAAAAUUUUUAUUAUACAAAGUAUCAUUGUAUAUAAAGUUAGGUUGAGAUACAAAAUAUGACAUUUCUUUAUUUUUUUUUUUAUAUUUGAUAGUUGUGAAAAGUGGGAGUUUUAGUUUUUAACAUGUUAUAUUGCACUUAAUAGUGUAAGAAGUUUUGUAAUUUUGAUGGAGAUGAUACCAAAUAGUGAUAAUACCCUGAGUGCUAUAGGAUAUAUGUCAUAAACAAAUGCAGACCGGGACUGCUAGUGAAAACAAAUUGGAUACAGCUGUUUUGUCCUCUGCAUUUUGAAAUUUGGUGCAAUAUAUUAUUAUUUUUAUGUAUUGUCUUAAUAGUGUAAAUAAAAACUAGUUAAUAAAUAAUAAUCUAUACUAAAAUAAUAAA